CCACUAGGAACCACAAUGCCAGCCUACCACUCCACAUUUCUCAACGAACCGUCCCCUCGGGUCAUUGGAAACUUUGCCGUCCUCCCCAUUGCUACCAAAUUCCGCGGCCCGGCGUACCCUCCCGCAGAAGCUGAUGCCUAUGACAUUCUUGACGAAACGCUUGACCUCUUCAGAGCCAACUCGUUCUUCCGCAAUUUUGAGAUCAAGGGCCCAGCCGACCGCACUCUUAUCUACGGUAUCCUCUUUGUCAGUGAGUGCUUGAACAAAUUGGCUGCCCAAACCCCGGAGACCGAAGCGCGUCGUAUUUUGUCUAACCUCGCCUUGGACUCGUUUUCCAUCCCGGGCGAUGCUGGGUUUCCCUUGAACGCUUUGUACCAGCCAGCGAGAGACAGACUGGAGGCAGAUCUCUUGCGCAGCUACAUCCAGCAGUUUAGACAGGAGUUGGCAGAGCGCUUGCUCGCACGUGUUUAUGCUGAUGGCGUCGCCAGCAAGUUCUGGUUGGCCUUCACCAGGAGAAAGUUCAUGAACAAGAGUUUGUCUUAGGUUAGUUAUAAACGUCGAGUAUACGCAUAUGUGAACGAGUAGGCAGGUUUAAUCUAAGCGCCAGUGCAGUGAUCUUUGGAUGUAAUUAGCUUGAAAUUUUAGAUCCUUGGAUAUUAGUCUGCCGUGUGGGGUAAACGUGCGUGGAGAUAUAGGU